AUGAGGAUAGCCAACCUUCCAUGGGCCGCGCUGGCCGCCACCUUUGCUCACACAGCUUCCGCCCAAACAUGGACAGCCUGCAACCCGCUCACCACCACCUGCCCCAAUGAUACCGCACUCGGCAUGUCGAUCCGUGUGGACUUUACCAAGGGCGAAGUUAAUUCCUUUGUUGCCUCUGGCACGCCCUCUUAUGACGGAGAGGGUGUUUCUUUCAGCGUUGCCAGGCCUGGCGAUGCUCCCCAACUCAUCUCCACCUUCUACAUCAUGUUUGGUCGCGUAGAAGUCACUAUGAAGGCAGCCCCUGGAACCGGUAUCGUCAGCUCCGUGGUACUGCAAUCCGACACCCUCGACGAGAUCGACCUGGAAUGGCUCGGUGUCGACAACGGCCAGGUCCAGACCAAUUAUUUUGGGAAAGGUAUCGUGGGCAACUACAACCGAGGGCAGUUCAACCCCGCUCCCAACAACCAGGCCGAGUGGCACACCUACACCAUCGACUGGACCCAGGACCGCAUCGUCUGGCUGGUUGACGGCACGGAAAUCCGCACCCAGACCGCCGAUUCCGCUGAGGACAACCAGUACCCGCAGACGCCUAUGCAAUUCAAGUUCGGAGCCUGGGCUGGCGGCGACCCGAGCAAUGCCCAGGGCACCAUCGAGUGGGCCGGCGGUGUGACCAACUACGAAAAUGGGCCCUACUCCAUGAGGGUCAAGUCUGUCGCCGUGAGCGACUACUCGACUGGCAAGGAGUACCGCUACAAGGACAAUUCGGGGUCCUGGGAGUCCAUCGAGGCCAUUGACGGCGAGGUCAACGGCAACAUCGGUAACGUCGACGUCAUCACCAUCACCGCGAGCGCUGCAUCUCCCACCGGAUCCGGCUCCCCCGCGUACCUGCUGGUGGCAUAG